CCAAUGGCAUUGCGAAGACUUCCCCCCGAAAUCUGGGAACGCAUCAUCGACUGUUUGUAUGGACAGUAUCACACCUUGCAGAUUUGUACCCAGGUCUGCAGGAAUUGGCGACGCCAGAGUCUACAACUCCUCCCCGAAAAGGUUAGGAUGCGGAGCAGAGACGAUGUGCUAGAGUUUUCCAUGCAGCGCGGACAUCAUUGGAAAGGACCUCGCAAGGUGCGAAUAUACGGCGGAAGUCGAGACGACGAGCAGCAGCCGGUCCCACACUUGAGCGUGUUUCUUGCGAUGUUAGCCGGGCGAUGGACGCGCCUCCAGGAUCUCAAGAUCUUCAAUGCAGUCUUACGGCCUCAAGAUCUAUCCUAUGAUGUAUUCCACGAUCUUGCGUCAGGUUUCUCCUUCCUCACCGGCCUGCGACUCGAGAACGUUACACUACCAUCCAUCGUAACAUUCCGCCGCCUCUUAUCCUCUCUUCCAAAGCUCAGGCGACUGCGAUGUUGGCCCGUAGACUUC